UGGGGGAGUUGUUGAAGACUUGAAGAUACAGUACCAUUGUCAAGAUUCAAGAAUAUCCACCGCCGCCCACGGUACACCAGAUCCGGAUUUCACACCACCCAGUAAACACACACGUUAAUAAAGUGCAGCCCAUAUAAGUGAACCUUGAAUUUCAAUUCUUUUACAACAAUUAGUAAAUUACCACAAUCCAUAGCCCUCUUCUAACCCUUAAUCGUAUUCCUUAACUCGUCGAAUUGAUUAAAUUUCUGAUUAAUUCCCGAUCAAUUUAAUCCUUAUUCCGUAACUUCGUAACACUUCCGAACUAACAAUGUUUCCAAAUGGGACGUGUUCAUAAGUUUCAGAGGCUCAGACACAAGAUACACAUUUACCGAUUAUCUCUACCACUCCUUGAAGCGCACUGGCGUUCGAACAUUCCGAGAUGAUCCUGAGCUACGUAGCGGAGAACUAAUCUCGGACGCACUGCUCCAAGCGAUACAUGAAUCGAAGACCUACGUUGUUGUCUUGUCGGAAAACUAUGCUUCUUCGAGAUGGUGUCUAGAUGAGCUCGUGGAGAUCAAGUCAACGGGGAGACUGAUCGUUCCUGUAUUUUAUAACAUUGAGCCGUCAGUUGUCAAGUACCAAACCGGGAGGUUUUACCAAGCUUUUGAAGCUCAUGAAUCUCGUUAUGGUAGUCAUAUGGUGGAUAGAUGGCGCGUCACAUUGAUGAAGGUUGGGAACUUGUCAGGAUACCAUGUCCAUGAAAAAAUGUCCCAAGUUGCUAUUAUUGAUGAAAUAGUUGAUAGAAUUUUACUGGAAAUAAAUCCUGUGACUUUGGAUGUUGCCAAAUACCCAGUGGGGUUGGAUACUCGUGUUAAGGACAUAACAGCAUUGUUGAGCAAUGACACAAAAUGUGUCAAUAGGAUUGGCAUACAUGGUAUGGGUGGAGUUGGCAAAACAACUCUUGCCAAAGCUGUGUAUAACCAAAACUAUCAUCGCUUUCAGGGCGGAUGCUUCCUAGCAAAUGUGAAGGAUGUUUUAGAAACAAGAAAGGGCCUAAUAUGUUUGCAACAGAAACUUAUUAGUGAUGUUCUUAAAUGUAAAAACAUUACCAUUGACAAUGUUGACCAAGGGAUUGAGGUAAUAAGAGCUAGAAUUUGUUCUACAAAAAUAUUAAUUGUUAUUGAUGAUCUGGACAACUCAGCGCCAUUGGAAUAUUUAGAAGGACCAUUUGCUUUUGGCAGCGCCAUCAUAAUAACAACAAGAUAUGAAGAUCUACUGGAUUCAAUUGAAGUAGAAGCCAAAUAUAAGGUAAAGGAAUUGGGAGAUGCUGAUUCACGUCGACUAUUUAUCCAACAUGCAUUUGCAGAUAAUAAUAUAUCUGAUACAUUCAUGGAACUAUCUAAAGAAAUUCUAGAACAUGCUGGGGGGCUCCCACUGGCUCUUAAAGUUUGUGGUUCAAACUUGCUUAAUCAAUCCGAGGAAGGAUGGAGAUGGUUCAUUGACAAAUUAAGACGAGUUUCUCUUGACGAUGUUGAGAAAAAAUUGUUGAUUAGUUUUGAUGCCUUGAAACUGGUUGAUCCUAUGUUGCAGGAUAUUUUUCUAGAUAUUGCCUGCUUUUUCAUUGGGGAUAAGGCAAAAGAAGUUGUUCAAAUAAUGGAAACUUGUUAUACAUUCAGCAAUCGUAAUAUCGACAUUCUCAAGAAAAGAGAUCUACUAAGCAUCAAUGACAGAGAUGAGUUGGAGAUGCAUGAUCUACUUCGGGAUAUGGGAAGGAAAAUUUCGUGUAACAACUCUCCUGAUGAGCCAGGAAAACACAGUAGAUUAUGGGUAACAGAAGAUAUAUAUGACUUGUUAAAGAAUGACAAGGGAACAGAAGCAGUUGAAGGUAUCAUCUUUGGUACAGGAACAUUGGUCAAUAACCUUCCUCCUGAUAUUUUUUCCCAUCAUAGAGCUAUCUUUGAUCAUUUCACUACUGAUACAUUUCAAAGAAUGAGUAAACUAAAGUUCCUUCACCUCGAGUAUGUGAAGCUCACAGGAAGCUUUGAACAUUCAUUUAAAGAUUUGAGGUGGCUCCAUUGGAAGUUUUGUCCUUUGAAGUGUUUACCUUCUGACUUUUACCUGCAAAGACUUGUUAUGCUUGAAUUGCCUCAUAGCAAACUGACUACAAUAUGGAAGAUAAACAGAUCUUUUUUGCAGAUUCCACAUGUAUUUGAAAACCUGAAGACUUUAAACAUGUCCCAUUCUCUAGAUCUAAUUACUACUUCAGACCUCACUAGACUACCGUAUCUUGAAACUUUGAAUCUCGAGGGGUGUGAAAGUUUGAAGGAGCUCCACAUCUCAAUUGGAAGCUUGGUGAGGCUGGUUUCUCUGAAUUUGCAGUUUUGUGUCAAACUAAAAAGUCUUCCGGACAGCAUUUGUAACUUGACAGCACUGAAAUGUCUUAACAUUGCGCGCUGUAGUAGUUUGAAAGCACUUCCUACGAACUUGGGGAACAUUGGAUCUUUGGAAGAGCUUAAUGCAAAGUGGCUAACUAUAAACAAAUUACCACAUUCGAUCGGUCUUCUAGGUAAUCUUAUUGAGCUGAAGUUGUGUUUUUGCGGAAACCUUGAAACUCUUCCUGACACUAUUUGCAAUCUGAGGACACUGAAAAUUCUAUAUAUUGAUGGUUCCUGUCGGCUAAAAGCAUUGCCUGAAGAAUUGGGUAACCUUGAAUCGCUGGUAGAACUCAAAGCGGAGAAUCUAAUUGUUUCAAAAUUACCAGAUUCAAUCGGGCGUCUUAGUAAGCUUAUUGAGCUGAACCUGUCUUGUUGCAGCAAACUUGAAUCUCUUCCAGAAACUGUCUGCAAUCUUAGAUCACUGAAAAUUCUGGAUAUUGGCUGGUGUAGUAGUGUGAAAGCUUUACCAACAGAAUUGGGGAACCUUGAAUCUCUAAUAGAGCUCAAGGCUAUGAGACUAACUGUACCAAAAUUACCGGAUUCGAUUGGACGUCUUAGUAAGCUUGUUAAGCUGAACUUGUCUGUUUCCGAAAAGCUUAAAACUCUUCCAGAUAGUAUUUGCAAUCUAAGAUCACUGAAAAUUCUGGAUAUUGAUGAUUGCCAUAUGCUAGAAGCAUUGCCUACAGAAUUGGGGAACCUUGAAUCGCUGGUAGGGUUCAAGGCGGAGAGAAUAAAGGUCUUAAAGUUACCUGAUUCGAUUGGGCACAUUAGAUCACUGGAAAAUAUCUGGCUUAAAGGCUGUUUCAACUUGUUGUCUAUUGCAGAACUUCCUUCUAAUUUAAAAUUACUAAGCCUUGAAGGUUGCAACUCCAUGGAAACAUUACCAAAUCUAUCGAAUAUGAAGCAAUUGGAGGAAUUAAACCUUACAGGUUGUAGUGUCUUGACAGAGAUUCAAGGCUUAGAAGAUCUUUCUUCUAUUAAAACACUCCAUCUGGGAGGUUGUGACUCAUCUAUGCUAGCAGACACUUUCACAAAGCAUUUCUUUCAGAUAUACUCUGGAUUUGGGCAUCACAUUAAAAUUUAUGCUUCGACAUCAGUGUUUCCAGACUGGAUUUGUCAAUCAUCAGACUGGAUUGGUAAAACCAUUUCAUUUGGGUCAAAAGUAUCUUUAGAUUUGCCGCCAAACAUGUCACACAAUUUCUUGGCACUGAUCCUCUGCUCGAGAUUCUCGAGGGAUGGCGAGGCCUAUUAUUCUGUUAAGACUACCACAAAUGAUUUUGUAUGGAGACAGGGGGUUCCUUCAUUAAGAUACUUUUAUGACCAUUAUGAUGAUUAUAACCGUGUCCCAUGUAUGGACGUAGUACCAAGAAAAGUUUUUUCUGUCACAGACAGUGACUAUAGAAUUAUAUUCAAAGCACGUCAAAAGUAUUAUGAAUCAUGUGGUGACAAUGUGACUCUAUUAACCCAAGCAGCAGAAAUUCUUGGGUUGUAUCUCCUAUACAAACCAGAGAUCACAGUAUUUAAUGAGUGCAACAGAACCACCAUCGAUGUAGAUGAAGAAGGAAGACAUUCUUCCAAACGCUUGAAACAUUUGUAAAAUGAGAAGAACUAGAUCUCCCUCAAGUCGUGAACAAUUGGAUUAUUCCGGAAGACAAAGAUUGUCCAGCUAUCUCUAGAAAAAGAAGAACAUAAAUCUGGUUUGUCUGAUAGAACUAAAUCAUCUGUUUCACUCCUACAUAAACCUGCAAUCCACCUCAAGAUACCUUCAGGGGUAGUUUGGAGAGCGUACUUCUGAUUUGCGCACUCCAUGGAGAAUGUGAUAUUAUUUGGAGGAUCGGGUUCAGAUGAUAGAUGAGUGUUUGUGUUAUUGGUGUAGGUGAAGGAAAUUCAACCUCCAAGUCUGAUACUUGGAGUCCAUUGUUAUGGUCCAUCACAGUAUUUUGGUCACCACAGAGAGCAGCUUGUUAGGUAUAAAAUUUUGCAGAUAUUAUUAGGGGAAAUUAAAGUAGUUCUUACUGAAUUUGAAAUGAAAGGGUAUACAAUUCAGACAAUGAAAACUUGAAAACGCCGACCUGAUCUUCUAAAUUGUUAAAAUGCUUGUGGUGUCUGAUUUUGAUUUGAUAGAUGUAUGAGGAAAACCCUGUUACUGUUGUCUGUUAUAGUGUCUAUUAUUAUAAGAUCUUACUGGCCUUUUGUCAUUCCCUGUCUACUAGCUUAAUUGCUGUGGGUGCACGCUUAGGGUUUGAAGAUUUGCCUACUCAUAAUGUGACUACUUUGAAGAAAUUUCAUGAUUUAAAAUUUCAACAGAAUCUUUGUUACUACUACGAAUGACUGACCAGAGUUUAGUUACUAGGGCCGUAAAGGAGUCCAGGCUCAAGCUCGAACCAUAUUUUAAGCUCAUAAGCUCUGUUCGAAAAGUUUGGUAUAUUUGAACUUGCUCGGAACAAUUCCAUUAGAUAAGUUCUAUGUGACAAGCUUGGCUCGAGUUCAACUCAAUUAUAUAUGGAAAUUCUUUUACUGAAUAUUUAUAUCACACAUAUAUAUAUAUAAUAUGAAAUAAUAGAACAUAUAAUUGUUUGAUUAGUUACGCGAGUCUCGCGAGUUAAGUAGUUAGUAACUCGAGCUCAGCCUGAUAAAGUGUUCAAAUACAUAGAAGAUUUGUUCAUAAACAAGCUCUAGGACGUUGACAUUUUCAGAACCUCUAACUGAUAUAUUUCAUUUGCA